GUUAACUACUGCUUUGUUUUCACCUUUCGCCGACCAACGCCGGGACCGUAAAGGUAUCCACCAUUACUAUUGUUCUUAUUGAUCGCAUCAACUAUCAAACUCGAUUGUUAUUAUUAAUAUUAUUAUAAAAAAGCAACCCAUCAAAAACAUGGCCGGAAAAGCAAGCCCUGCGGUCCUGCGUGCUCUUGGCCGUUUCGCCUCUUGCGAUGUCGGCGACGCUCUUCUGCGUCUCAAGGUGCCCCAUGGCGGAUACCUCUCGGGCCUCAAGAUGUAUUCUCCCGAAUACAUGUCCGGCUCCAGCAAGAUAUUCGGACCAGCAUACACCGUCCGCAUGGUACAUGCAUCUGACAAAACGUCGCCUACACCACCUGGCCAUUUCGCAGAUUCCAUCCCCUCCGGCAGUGUGGUUUUCAUCUCGCAGCCCAAGGGGGUGAUCAGCGCCUGUUGGGGCGGUCUGAUGACUACUCGUGCCAAGUAUCUCGGGGCUUCAGGCGUGGUGAUCGAUGGCCGGUUCCGCGAUAUCAAUGAGCAUCGCGAGAUGGGCAUGGGUCUGUUUGCGAGGGGGGUUGGUGUUUUGGGAUCGAAUGGCUUUACGAGGUCUUCUGAAUUGAACGUGCCAGUUGAGUAUGAGAUCGAGGAGUUGAGCGGGAUAGAGGGCCAGGGAAAGGUAGUGGUUAGUGUUAAUCCGGGAGAUAUUAUUCUCGGUGACGCGGAUGGAGUGGUGGCCAUUCCGCCGGAGAAGGCGGAGGAGUGUUUGAAACUCUGUGAGGAGAGGUUUGAGAUCGAUGCAGAGACGAAGCGGUGUUUGGAUAAUGGAGAGCCUAUGGGUCCGACUAUCAAGAAGUUAAGGAAGUAGAAGAGUUAGAGCAGUUGAGGGUGUACCUAAGUGUGUAUCGGACAUUCUAUUUCCCACUUGACAUAUCCUUUUUAAACCGAUCAAUUCCGGGGAAGCAGACUUUUGUGGACCUUGUCAUAUCGAUAGAUCACUCGGACUUCAAACAGUUUGUCUUUUAUUAGAGGGAGACUACUAUUCUUAAGAUACAAUCGUCGAAAAUGCGACUGGGGUCUUCUAGAAGCUUAAUAAGAAGAGCGGUCGGGAAAAUGUCAAAGUUCGGAAGCUAAAUGUUUAUAUUCCCAUCGUUGCAGCGAAAUUUGUAUGUACAAUCAUAGUCAGUGACAC